GAUCGGGCCGGCACGUACGUAGAUCGGGUAGUGACAGGUACCGUGCGAGAGAAAAAGCUGCUGUACAGCUGUUUGUAAGCAAGGUAGGAGGUGAAACGAGUUUAAUAAAAUCCAACCGCUCGGAGAGAGGGCAAGUGUUCCAUCUUUGAGGAAGACGCCUUGUGGAUGUACGUAGAAGGAAAUGAGGAUGAAGUGCUAUACGACCUGACCAUGGAGUGUUAACCUCUCCAAUAUCCGGCCCCCGUAUCUGAAUAUACGAGAGAGUCGAGGGGAGACAACUCCUGAUUUUUGAAAAUAAAACAACACUGACAACAAAACGAUACAAACUUUGUAAAAUUCCUUGAGUUGUCAACGUCUCUACUGAACUACAGAGUAAAACAGCUGCCUUUUGCUGUAACGCCUUGAUGGAUGUGAGAAAGGAGGAAUGUAAGGCUGACUCCAAUAUACUGGAGAAAAGGACCGCAAAUAUGAAGGAGGAGAACUGUGAAUGGGAGUGUUUCCACCCUGAACAUGAAAGUCUGGACAUUAGGGAAGUGGACUGUGAACUUGGGUUAGUGGUCAUUAAAGAAGAGGCUGAAGAGAAGUCUGUCAGCACAGAGAUGCACAAAAAUCAAAGAAUGGAGAGUGUCAAGGAAGACAGACUUCAUUUUGGGUGUCAAGAUGGAGUGAAGACUGACUUUGACACUUCUACUCAAAGCAGACGUUAUUCAUCACCAGAGCCGCUUAUCAAUGUUUGCUCUGAAACGUUACAUUCUGACAAUCAGGGGAAUGAGGAAAUUCUAUCUGUUAAAAUUAAGGAAGAUGGGCCAUCAUCUACAAAGACGUUUAUGCAAAGAUACAAACCUUACCGCUGUUCUGAAUGUGGUAAACAAUUAUCAAGUAAGAGCGUCCUUUCAAGACACAGAAGAAUUCACACAGGAGGGAAGCCUCAUUGUUGUCCUAAAUGUGGUAAGUGGUUUUCGCAAAAGUGGUAUCUUCAGAGCCACGAGAAAAUUCAUACAGGAGAGAAACAUCAUUGCUGUCCUGAAUGUGGCAAGAAUUUUUCACAAAAAAAGAGUCUUCAGAUCCACCAAAGAAUUCACACACAAGAGAAACCUUAUUCCUGUUCUGAAUGUGGCAAGCAGUUUUUGCAGAGGAGCAGUCUUCAGAGACACCAGAGAGUUCACACGGGAGAGAAGCCUUAUUGCUGUUCUGAAUGUGGCAAGUGUUUUUCGCAAGAGUUCUAUCUUCAGAGCCACCAAAAAAUUCACACAGGAGAAAAACUUUAUUGCUGUUCUGAAUGUGGCAAGUGGUUUUCGCAAAAAAGGAUUCUUCAGGUCCACCAAAGAACUCACACACAGGAGAAGCCUUAUUGCUGUUCUGAAUGUGGCAAGCAGUUUUUGCUGAAGUGCAGUCUUAAGAGACACCAGAGAAUUCACACAGGAGAGAAGCCUUAUGGCUGUUCUGAAUGUGGCAAGUUGUUUUCGCAAAAGAGUUAUCUUCAGAGCCACCAAAGAAUUCACACAGGGGAAAAGCCUUAUUGCUGUUUUGAAUGUGGCAAGCAGUUUUUUAUAAAGAACCAUCUUCAGCAGCACCAACGAAUUCACACAGGAGAGAAGCCUUAUUGCUGUGUUGAAUGUGGCAAGUGUUUUUCGCAAAAGAAGAAUCUUCAAUGCCUUGAAAGAGUUCACACAGGAGAAAAGGCUUAUCGCUGUUCUGAAUGUGACAAGUGCUUUUCAGAAAAGCCCCAUCUACAGGACCACCAAACAAUUCCUACAGGAGAGAAGCCUUAUUGCUGUUCUGAAAGUGGCGAAUUCUUUUUGCAAAAGAACAAUCUUCACAGCCAACAAGGAAUUCACACAGGAGAGAAACCUUAUUAUUGUUCUGAAUUUGGCAAGCAGUUUUCGCAUGAAAGCAUUCUUCAGUGAGACCAACAAAUUUUCAUGAGGGAGACAGCAGAUUGAGAAACAGGUGUUUCAGGACAUCAAUAGAAUAAUUGAUAAGUGAUAGAAAUAGAGCUAGAAAUUGUCCAUGCAUCUUGUUGCUGGGUGCGAGGUACUGAUGGCUUAAGAAUUAUACACUUAAAGAUGCAACAAAGUGGCCAGGCUAAUUCACUGGAAAAUCUGUAAAACAAAUACAAUUUAACAGCAAGAGAGGGACACUGGGACUACAAUAAAGGAGUGUAUAAUGGAGGAUGAGGUGUUAGUCACUUGGGAUACACCAAUACCAGUUUAUAGAAAAACAGAAGCACAGUAAACCGGAUAUUAGAUAACCUUUAUUAAUCCCAAGGGGAUAUUUGGGUUCUUACAGCAGCAGAAUCAUAAACAAGGAUACAGACUCACACAACAAAUUAUACAGCCAGUCAUUAAAUAAAAAAAAAACAUAUAAAAGUAAGCGUAUCUUGUUAAUUUUGAAAUAUCAGCACAAGUACAUCAGGAAGAAGUUUUGAACUGCUUAACCGCAGAUGGCAGAAAAACCCUCCAGAAGCACUUCUUAGGACACUGUGGUGGAAUGAGCCCAUGGCUAAAAGUGCUUCAAAAGGGUGCCUCCUGGAAGGGAUUUUUCAUGAUGGCAUUCAUUUUUUUCCAUCAUCCUAUUUUCAACAACGGUUUCCAGUGUGUCCAGGG